UCGAAUCAGGAUCCGAAUGGGCGAUUCCGGUUGAUUUAUACACGCAUUAUUAACGCGCGCGUUAUCGUAACGUGAUUGAUAAUCAGAUGCCGACGUUGUUGACGUUGACGUUGCGACGCUUAGGACGACCCGUUCAAGAUGUGCAGUGUAAUGUGGCGAUUGCUGUGUAGGAGCAUGACACACGGAUAUUUGUUGCAAUUUUUCCUUCUGCUCUUGAUGCUUCUUCAGUGCACGUAUGGGUCCGGAAUUUUCGAACUACAAGUAUUGGAAAUGGUAAACCCCCGCAGUGAACUGUCAAACGGUGCAUGUUGUGGUGGUGGGGGCCGUACCUCUGUCACAAAUCGGUGUUCUGUGUCGUGUCAGACUUUUUUCAGACUAUGUUUAAAAGAGUACCAGAAUAAUGUGACUAAUAAUGGCUUAUGUUCCUUUGGCAAUACCUCAAGCCUCGUUAUCGGAAGAGACUCGUUUACCGUUGCCGAUCCAGAGCGAGGAAAAUUAGUUUUACCAUUUACAUUCCGAUGGACGAGGUCAUUUACUCUCAUUCUACAAGCUGUGGAUUAUAACAAUUUUUCCUUUUCUGCAACGAAUAAGAUAAUAGAAGAAGCUACGUACUCUGGAAUUAUAGACCCCAGUCCGGAAUGGCACACCCUUAACCAUAGGGGCUCCCGCGCACGAUUAACAUACAGGAUGCGCGUAAUAUGUGAUACGCACUAUUAUAAUUCGACAUGUACAAAAUUUUGUCGACCUAGGAACGACUCUUUUGGUCAUUUUAUCUGUGAUCGUAACGGUGAGAAACAAUGUAUAGAAGGAUGGACGGGAGCGACGUGUGAAAAGGCUGCUUGCAAAUCUGGUUGUCAUCCAGUUCGUGGGAAAUGCGAACAUCCCGGAGAAUGCAUAUGUCGACCUGGUUGGAGGGGAGAUUUUUGUGAUCAAUGCGAACCUUAUCCUGGAUGUAAACACGGAUACUGCAACGGAUCUUCGUGGCAGUGCAUAUGCGAUACAAAUUGGGGCGGAAUUCUGUGCGAUCAAGAUCUAAAUUACUGCGGUACCCACGAGCCAUGUCUGAACGGGGGCACAUGCGAAAAUACCGCUCCUGAUAAUUAUCUAUGCACAUGCCCUGAAGGAUUUUCCGGCGCUAAUUGUGAAAUCGUCGACAAUCCCUGCGCCCCAGCUCCUUGUCUUCACGGCGGCACCUGUCUAGAAGCCGGGGGCUCCUUCAUCUGUGAAUGCGGAAACGGACGGACUGGCCCAACUUGCAAUAUAGAUUUUGAUGAAUGCAUUUCUGCACCUUGCCAAAAUAGUGGAACUUGUAUUAAUUUGGACAACUCUUUCAUGUGCAAUUGUUCGAGCGCAUGGGAAGGAAAUUUAUGUCAAUUUGAUGCCGAUGAAUGUUUCAACAAUCCUUGCAUAAAUGCGUUUUCGUGUACUAAUUUAGUAGGCGAUUAUCAUUGCAAAUGUCGAGUGGGUUGGAUGGGAAAAAAAUGUGAUCAGAACAUCAACGACUGCGUUGGGCAAUGUCAGCACGGUGCAACUUGCAUUGAUCUAGUCAAUGAUUAUCACUGUGCCUGUAUGCCUGGAUACACCGGUAGAGAUUGUAUUACGGACAUUGAUGAUUGCGAAUCAAAUCCUUGCAAAAAUGGUGGAGAAUGCGUUGAUCAAGUAUAUGGCUACAAAUGUAUUUGUCCAGUGGGGAUUACGGGAUUUGAAUGUGAGAACAAUUAUGAUCAUUGCAAUCCUGAUCCGUGUCAAAAUGGUGCUCCAUGUUUUAAAACCCAAUCAGACUAUUAUUGCCAUUGUCCUGAAGGAUGGCAAGGAAAAAACUGCAGCCAGCCAAAAAUCGUAUGCGAUAGUCCAUCAUGCGAGGACGGUAUUGAAAGCUGUUUGAUUAUUUCUGUUGGAGGAAGUAAGUCUUCGGCACCAAGUUUAUGUGGAGAACAUGGGCAUUGCAUCAAUCAACCCGGAAUUGGAUAUAAAUGCCAAUGCCAAUCGGGGUAUACUGGAAAAUAUUGUCAUGAAAAUAUCAACGAUUGUAAGAUUAAUCCCUGCGAGAAUGGUGGAACCUGUGUAGAUAAAGUGAAUGCAUUUCAAUGUAUUUGCAUUGAAGGAUGGGAAGGAGCUUUAUGUAGCAUUAAUACCGACGAUUGUUCUCAAAACCCUUGUCGAAAUAAUGGUUCUUGUAUUGACGGUAUUGCCGAUUUCGAAUGCGAGUGUAAAGAUGGAUGGAAAGGAAAAACUUGUUCAUUGAAAGACAGCCAUUGUGAUCACGCAACUUGUAAAAAUGGAGGUACUUGUCAAGAUUUAGGAGAUACCUUUAGUUGUAGAUGUCCCCUUGAUUGGGAAGGAACAACCUGUCACAUAGUUAAACAAACUGCUUGUCGUUCUAAUCCUUGCCUAAACGGUGGUACUUGCGUUAACACUGAAUAUUACUACCAAUGCAUAUGUAGAGAUGGUUUUGAAGGAAAUCACUGUCAAGACGAUGUUAAUGACUGUAGUCCUCAACCCUGCUACAAUGGUGGAAAAUGUAUUGACGGUGUCAAUUGGUUUCUUUGCGAAUGUGCUCCAGGAUUUACCGGUCCCGAUUGUAGAAUAAAUGUAAACGAGUGUGCUUCAAGUCCAUGCGGAUAUGGAGGAACUUGCAUUGAUGACAUUGGAGAUUUCAAAUGUAUAUGCCCUCCCGGUAAAACAGGAAAAAGAUGUUCUAUAAACGAUUUAGCGUAUCUUCCAACACCGGGCAGUUGUCCAUGGAAUACUCACACUCUGGAAAACAACGUUACAUGGCAACAUGAAUGUAAUACCUGCCUUUGUACAAACGGAGUUAUUAAAUGUACUAAAGUUUGGUGUGGUCUUGAAAACUGCAGAGAUUUUAAUCAACAAAAUGUUUGUAACCUCAGUCAAGUUUGUGUACCGUCCUCUUCAGACUCUUGUCUGUCUCCCCCUUGCUUACCAUACGGAGAUUGUAGGGAACUGGAAAGCGGACGCAGCGUCAAACCACCCUCUGUGCCUAUACCUAGCACAUGUUGGCCUAAUCAAGCCAUACUGAGCAAUACAUGUGCCAGGUUGACAUUGCUACUAGAUAGACCUAAAUUACCAGAAGGCACUACUGUGGAGGGGUUAUGUCGAGACUUACGAAGAUUAUUAGCGAACAAACAGGCCAUGGAAGGACUACAAGAUACGUUGUUUUUACUCUGCGACUUGAAGAAUAGUUAUAAUGAUACUAUAGAAGUUACGCUGACUGGCAACCGUUGGGUUCUAGACGGAAUAAGAGUAAUGGGCGAGGCUAUUUCACGCAAGCACACCAGUCUAUUAGCUCUAACGUCAAUAGUGGAAGUCAAAGUCGAAACUGCUCAGGUUUCAGGCGAACAGCAAACAAACACGUAUUUAAUAGCGUUGAUUUGUUUCGUAUUAAUCGGACUUUGUGCAGCAGGAUUCGCAGUCGUCUUAUAUUUGAGGCAGCACAGGAGAAACAUUGGUCUCAGCGGAGUUAAUUUGUCUACAUCGAACGAACCUUGCCAAAGAAAUCACGAAGACGAAAAGUCGAAUAACUUGCAAAAUGAAGAAAAUUUAAGGAGGUAUGCCAACCCAUUAAAAGACGAUAUGGGUAGCUUAGGGAGUAUCAAUUCCUUGGACAUGCCGAGGGUUAGUGUUGUAAGACCAAUGUCGAGUAUGAUUACUCAUGAUAGCUCCAGUGAAAUGUUGGAGAUGAUAUCAGAGGUAGACUGUCCGGGUUCUAGGAGAACAGUGUUGGUUCUGCCCGGCACAAGUGCAUCUGACAGCGCGCUUAAAUUACACGAAAGUGUGAGUGAUGGCUUAAAUAGUGCUCAUCGCAGUAGCCAAAUUAUGUUGUACAAAGCCCAAAAUCCAGAUGUCCGGAAAAACACAGCGGCCUUUGAUGAUUCUUCGGGACAUAAGGACUUUAGUAAAAGUAUUAUAAAUGUUAAUAAACAAAGGACUAUGCAACAGCAGCAACAACAGCAGCAACAACAGCAGCAGCAACAAAACAGCAGUGUAGAUGUAUUAACGGUACUUGUAUGA